AUGGCACCAUCAACGACAAAGGCCUGGAGCGUCCAAGGCAAGGAUGGCUUCGAAUCUCUCAAGUUCAAUGAGCAAGCUAAGGUACCUGAGGUUGGCGACAAAGACGUUCUGAUCAAGGUUCACGCUGCGUCACUUAACUACCGCGACCUUAUCAUCCCCAUGGGCAAAUACCCCUUCCCCAUGAAGGACAACAUCAUUCCCGGUUCAGACGGCGCUGGUACUGUAGAAUCGGUCGGCAAGCAUGUCACGCGCUUCAAGCCUGGAGACAAGGUUGUCACUCUUUUCAACCAAGGUCACAUUGCCGGCUCCCUUGACGGACAAUCUCUCGCCACCGGUCUGGGAGGCGCCCUUGACGGCACCCUUAGAGAAUAUGGCGUUUUCGAUGAAGCUGGUCUCGUCCACGCCCCCUCCAACCUAAACAUGCUCGAAGCCUCAACACUGUCCUGCGCCGCCCUCACAGCUUGGAACGCUCUCUAUGGUUUGGAGUCGCGCGCUCUUAAGCCUGGUGACACAGUCCUCACACAAGGCACCGGCGGUGUAUCCAUCUUCGCUCUACAAUUCGCAAAGGCGGCCGGCGCCCGCGUGAUUGCUACAACAAGUUCCGCAAAGAAAGCUGAGCUUCUAAAGAAAUACGGUGCCGACCAUGUCAUCAACUACAAGGAGACACCCAAUUGGGGCGAAGAAGCCGCGAAGCAUACACCCAACGGCGCAGGUGUACAGCACGUUGUCGAAGUCGGCGGCCCCGCUACAAUGGCGCAAUCUCUCAAGGCCAUUGCCAUCGAUGGAGUCAUUAGCAUCAUUGGUUUCAUUGGCGGCGGCGGAAAGGAACAGCCUACUUUCCUCGAUUGCUUGAACAACAUCUGCACUGUACGUGGUAUCUUGGUCGGUUCCAGACUGCAGAUGGAGGAUAUGUGCAGGGCAAUUGAGGCCAAUGACAUCCAUCCCGUUGUCGACGAGAAGGUAUUUGAGCUCAAGGAACUCAAGGAGGCGUACCAAUACAUGUGGGAACAGAAGCACUUUGGUAAGCUUACCGUUAAGGUUGCUGCGUAG